AUCCCCCCCUCCCCAGCAAGAAAGAGAGAGUUAAACUGUCACAGCCACACCAUUUUAAGAUGUUCCUUGACUACAGCAGAUGUGAAAAGAAGUAUGCCACAGAAUCAACGAGAACAUAGGUAAUAAACCUAAGGCUGUUUGGUGUAGAGGUGUGGACAGACCUAUAACCCAUCAUUGAUAAUUGAGAAGAACAACAAGCCUCAUCAUGUCUGUGAUCCAUAAGAUGACCAAAAGAUUAAGCAGCAAGAAAAAGAGGACUCCAGUGGACUUGGCCCAGGAUGAGGUUAUAGUAAAGUUGGGCCUGAAAGCCUCCAUGAACGUGCCUUUGGACCCUACAAUAAUGCUUGAUAUUAACACCUGGAGUUGUGAGAACCAACCUCCCCUGCAGGCCAAGUACCUUCCCCAGGCCUUUCUUCAAGGCCUCUGGCUUCUCAGCCCUCAGGCCCGGAGUGCCUGCUGCCAACCCCCUGCAGAAUCUCCCCCUGGUGGUCCACAAGAAGAGAUAAUUCCUAGGCCGACCGAGGAGGACUCUCAGUGUUUGGUCAACCCUUUGGAUCUGGUGAUCGCAGUCUACCGGUCAGCCAACAGCUUCCUGCAGCAGGAGAUAUCUGCCCGCAUGGUGCAAAGACAGUUUGCGGUGCCUCUCCUGCUGCCCCCCAUUUCCCCAGAUCAGUCAGUGUGUUUCCUGCUCUGGUCUUUGCGAGGAGCUGUGGGACAGUGGAGGCCACACUCUCUGGCAGAACACAAUGGGAUCUUGGAGGAAGGUAUAGUGAGCACUGCGAUGCCACUGCUCUCUUGCGUGAAGCUUGGCCACUGCAGUGUCUCCAAGUCACGAGUACUGAGUCACCUCGUGGGACGUCCCCAAAAAUCCAAUGAGUGUUUUCUGCAUCGGGGCAUGGACGGAGGUCAACUCCCUCGAAGGUUUGCCAAUGGCUUAGUGGAGUUAUGCUGGUACUUCCCUUCUGGCAAACCCAACCAGGAUGUUUUUCCGGAGCCUGUGGCAAUUGCUAACCUCAGAGGGGAUGCUAUCAGACAAGAGAAACAAGUCAGCUUCCUGUGCCAAGCCUCAUCUGUUAUAAUAGUGUUUUGUGGAAACAUCAGGGAACAGGAACACCAACUGCUUGCCUCUUUGAAGGGCAAGGCUAAGCAGGUUAUCAUCAUUGACCUAUGUCAGGGUCAAGAGGAAAACAAGGAGAAUGAGGUGGAGAAGCUUAGUCAUGGUCUUAAUCUUACUGUGUUAUCGGGACGUGGUAUUAGUGAGGAAGAGUUGGCAGAUCAGCUAAGUGAGACCGUAAAUCGCAUGUUACCUGAUAGGUUGACUUAUGUUACCAUUGAGGAUGCAACAAGUAUAGCUGAGGAGCUAGGAAUCAUUGUGGACGAAGGACCAUUGUGUAAGAAGGCAUUAGCUCAGGUUGAGGAAGUGCUGAAAGGGAUAGAGGAUGGAGCUAACCAUUACAGGGCACAGAAUCUGCCUUUACAAGGGGCAUUUUGGAGUAGGUUGGCAGAGGUGGAGAAAGAAGAGGCUUGUCAGAAAGAUGCAGGGGAAAAGAUAAGCCAGCAGCUGCAAACAGAAAAGCAAGGCCUCCUCCAAGAGUUGGGCAGUUACAAGAUGCCACCAGCCAUGAGGAUUUUCACUGAUGCCCUCUGUAACACUGACAAACUUGAGAGAGCCUAUUUUCUGGCUUGGAUGAGAAUAAGGCUAGAGGCAAGACAGAGGAGGCCACAUUCACCCAUCCAAAAUCAUUCACCCAUUCAAAAUCAUUCACCCAUUCAAAAUCAUUCACCCAUUCAAAAUCAUUCACCCAUUCAAAAUCAUUCACCCAUUCAAAAUCAUACACCCAUCCAACAGCAGUUACCCGUUCAACAUCUACCACCCAUACAUGAACAUGGUGAGUCACAAAGACAUGGUGAACAAAGGAAUGGAAUCAGUGAUUAUGGUGAAGAAGCAAUUGAUGAAACCACCAAAUUGCCUGGAAAUGAAGCAGUGAAUAAAAACAACGUUGAACAAGAUGAUGACAGUUUCACCACAGAUUCAUCAGCAGGGGAAGAACAGCAGAUGAAGCUGGAGCAGCUAGAGAAACAGCAACAGAACCAGGGCUUCACACCCGUUCUGGGGCUUGAGCACUUCUUGCGUGAGAUGGGUCUGGUCUUCGAGCUGACCCACCACAGUCCUGGAAGUGGGACCCACAACGUUCUGCGCCUCCCCAGUGUGGCGGCUGAUUUGCUCCUGUAUGGGGUCCCUCUGGAGAUUCUGGAUGGGGACGCAUCCAACGUGCCAUGUUCCUGGCUGGGCUGUGUCAUGGCAGAGUUUAACCGCCGCUUGCCACCCGGUACCAAGGUCCGUGUGUUGACGUCUCUGGGGAUCCACAGUGCAAGGAACUCGGAGGUGUUCUCUGCUCUUUUUGGGGUGCAAUUCCCGAGUGGUUGGAAGGGUUGCACUAGGGGGGCAUACAUGCUGGCACUGAGCUUACCAGACAAUCUAAAGAAGGAAAUGCAAUGUGAUUUCCUGCUGAUGAUCGAUGUAGAGGGACUCUGUUCUACUGGAUUGUCAAAGGAAGAGGACACCAUGAAGCGUGACAAUGAGAUGGCCACCCUGGUCGCAGGACUGAGUGAUGUCAUUCUGCAAAACAUGCCUCCAGAUGGGGAGACUGAGAUGCAGACCACCCUUCCAGUGACAGUGAAUGCGCUACUUCGGACAAGGGGUUCUGGUGCAAUGCCAAUCAGCCUGCUCUUGUCCCAGGGCGUGGGACUGAACUCUAAACUGCUGUCCUUACAGAUCGAGCGUGUGACUCGCGUCCUUGAGGCAGAAGCUGAGGUGGCAACAGCUGCCCCUGAGAGUGACAGUUCCGUAGAGAGUGUCUCCAGCUGUAUACCCUGCCUGAUUGGGCCUUGGCAGAGCGACUCUCUCUCUGUUUCUGUUGACGAAGAAUACAGCAGCACUGUUUUGCAGGUGAAGCAGAACAUAUUAGAGGCUUUGAAGAAGAGUGCAUCAAAGACCAAGGCGGUGAGUGUGCCAGAGUUUAUGGAGCGUCUAUGUAGUGUUUGGCAGACUGUAAAAUGGGCAGCAUUUCCCCUCAAGUUUGGGGACACAGAUGUGGCAGAGGCCUUCUGCGUCAUAUGUACAGAGCUUUCCCAUUGGGAAACUAACCUUCUGGGACACAUGGAGGUCUGGUUCAUGGGAGCUUUAGAUCGGAUCGUCACAGGCAUACCAAUGGCUUUGGAGAAAGGAGGUGAUCCUCUUGGACUGCUGAAGGAGGAAGCCAUGACCGAAGUUAAGGUGGAGGUUGACAAAAUGCGUUCAACGCUGGAGGAUAACCUGAAGAAGGAUGACCUCCACAAAAGAUUUAUUGAGAAGUUCAAAUCAAACUUUUUUAACAGUUUGAAUGUCCUCCAGAAACGGGCUACAACUGAGAUCCUUGAGAAACUGCAGACUGCUACAGAGGAUCAUUACUCCUCCACAAAGCUGAUGAGCUUUAAGGCAGUACUGGAUGCUAAGGAGGAGGUUAAACUGCAUAGAUUGAUAGAGAGCAGUAAGUCCAACAAGUGUCUUCUAAAUGACGAGCAGCUGGAAAAGGAAUUUGAUAGUGCGUGGUCAGAGUCACUGUCCAAUUUUGAAUUUAGGCCGUCAGAGAAAGAGGACAUCACUGCUCGUGUGAUUCAAAAGCUUGAAGAGAACCUCACCCACCAUGGGCUGCACAAACAUAUGCAGAAGCUAAAUGCUAUAGGACAAGAGAUCCCAUGCAGCUUUAUUGUUGAUGAUGACCACUUUGGCUACCGCAGCAGGCUAAAGCACAUGCUUGAAGUGAACAACAGGUUGCAAAGAUUACAGGCCCAUCGGUUAGCAACAAGAAUUACAGAAGAGUACAACAACUUUGUGAAAGAGAAAUCUGCCGUGGUAGCAGACUUUUCUGACAGUUACAUCACUGAAGUUCUAGAAAUCGUUGACAGGGCCUUAGAAACAAAGUCCAUUGAAAUUAGGUCUGCGUUUGAAGUCGAUCUCAAGGUUUAUCUCUGUAGUCAUGCGUGUCGCGACUUCCAGGACAUGCAUGACCGCUAUGCCAGAGACAGAGAUUUUCUUGUCUAUCUAAAUGGGAAGAAGAACCAGUUCAUGGCAGAGUUUAUCUACCAGUUCCGUAAAAGAGACCAGGGAUACAGGGUGGCCCGGGCAUUUACCCUGAUGGUUCUCAAACCGGCAGCCCUGGAUUACAUAUACAGACCUCUGGGCACGUGGAUCAUGGAGGAGAUGGUGAAUAAGGAUGACUCACAGCAGUACCUUUCUCCUCAUGCCUUUAACUGCCACCUCCUGGAGGAGCUUAUCCGAGAGGAUAGCUUUGAGAACUUCCUGGAGUACUUGCUCUCCUACGAAAGCUUUAGCCUCAAGAGAAUCCAGAACAAAGUAGUGGAAUGUCUCACAGGGAUGACUAUGAUAAAUGAGUGGAGGGAGCAGCGUCUGGGAAAGAUCAUAGGAAAGAUGGCGGCAGCUGUCAGUCAGACAUCAGAGGGUGUAAGCUGGGUGCUGAGUGAUAUUAAUCUGCUGCUGGAGAAGGUAUGUCUCACUCUGGAGGCAGAUGGAGAGAUGACAGUCAACAGAGGCCAAAUGGAAGGUCCCCUCUUUCACAUCACUACUGAAUGGGCUCGAUUUGUAACAUGCCUGCUGGAAGCCCUUGCAGAGAUGCGUCUGGCACUAUCAAAGCAGUUCUCUCAAGACCGAGGGGUCUUGGAGAUCCUCCAAAUGCUUCCCAUCAAGCCUCAGAACAGCCUAUUCAACAGGCUGCGAGGGUGUGAAAAGCAAUGUCCUUUCUGCCAGGCCCCGUGUGAAGCGGGUGCGCGCGAUCAUGAAGUCCACAGUGCUCUGCUCCACCGGCCCAAGGGCCUGCUCUCCUACACAUGUGAUGACUCCGCCUCUCUUUCUCACCACACCUGUCCGUCUGACAUGGCCAGAGACAGACUGUUUCAGAACAAGGACACGGGGGGCCAGUCCCGUCCCUACAGGGACUAUCGCUCCCUUUACCCCAACUGGCACAUCCCCCCAGAGGACCCUGACAGCCAGACACCCAGUGCCUACUGGAGGUAUGUGCUGGUGAGGUUUAAUAGCAGGUUUGCACAGGAGUACCAAAGGGAUCCAGCUCUGCUGCCUGGAGAGUGGCAGUUGAUAACCCAGGAUGAGGCAUUAGAGAGUCUGAGAAAGGCAUUCCCUAUUGAGACAUGCUGAAAGAGGCUUUAACAGCUUGACACUUGGCUUGACAAUUAGCUAUUAUAUUUGCCAAUAGAUAACAACGAUAGCUAAUUACUGGUACAAGUUUAAAUGUACACUCAUGUUUAUGUAUUGAUAUGUGAUCAUGGUGAAAUGAUUUGACACAAAUAUAUACUAUUCUAGAGUUGAUGGGGUAUACUAAAUGUUCCCCGGAUGGAUAAGAUAUUUAUCAAUGAAUACACAUGUUUAAAUUGAAUGUAAUAAAAAAAAAAAUGACAUAAGGGUAAUUUAAAUUAUUGGAAAAGAACAAAGACAAUAUUAUUUUGGAUUGUGUGUUACAAAAAUAGGAAGUAAAUAUGUUAUCAUUUAUAAAAUACCAUAUGUUCCCUCUGAGGGUAGAACAUUGAUCAUUGAAUGCACUUCCUUGCUUUGAAUGUCAUGAAAAUGUUUUGGGGUUUCAGGGUCAGUGGGUUCUGGACAUUGCACACUUUUCCCAGGGAUCAUAUUAUUCUGUCUGUAACACUGGGGGGUCAUGACCCCCCCCCCACCCACACACACACACACACAGACAGAAUUUGCACAUUUGUAUAUUUAUGUAAGUUGAUCGCUUUUGCAGAGGAAAACUACAAAUAUGAGUCUUUAAUCAUCUAUUCAGAAAAAAAGAACAAUAAAAUCAUGAUUAAUAAGCUGACAACACAAAAUAAAUGUUGAA